AUGGUACACAAACGUAUUAAAUCAACUACAAAUGAUCAUGAUAACGAACGUACUAAUUUAAUUAGCAGAAAUCCUUCAACAUAUAAUCCUCAAGAUAAUGUAACUCAAGAAGAAGAGACAAAAGUGAUACUUAAACUAGAUUUUAGAAUUUUACCUUUAACCGCGCUAUUAUAUCUUUCUGCUUACCUUGAUCGAGGAAAUCUUGGAAAUGCUAGACUUCAAGGUUUACAAUCUGAAUUAUUAAAUAAUAGUGAUGAAAGAUUUUCAAAAGUUCUUUCUUCUUUCUUUGUAACUUAUAUUUUACUUUCAAUUCCAGGUACUUUAUUAGCCAAAGCGAUUUCUCCAAGUAAUGCAAUCUCAAUAGGAGCAAUAAUUUGGUCAACUUCAACCACUCUAAUAUCAUUAUGCAAUACUUAUCAUCAACUAAUUUUCUUGAGACUUCUAAUCGGUGUAGGUGAAGCAUUAUUUGGUCAAAGUGUUGCAUUAUAUUAUAGUAUGUGGUAUAAAAAACAAGAAGUCGGUCCAAGACUUGCAUUAUUUAUUGGUGCAGGAGUUUCAGCUGGAGGGUUUGGAGGAUUAAUUGCAUAUGGGAUUUCUUUAUUAGGUUCAAAUACUUGGAGAUUAUUGUUUUUAAUUGAAGGUAUUCCUAGUAUAUUAAUUGCUUUGGCAAUUAUUUUUUGGUUACCUUCUAGACCAGAUGGAACUCGAUUUCUUAAAACUUCUGAAAAAGCGAUUGUCUUAAAACGGCUUAAAGAAGACGGAGUUUAUGAAGUAAGAGUUGAUUGGUCUGGUGUCAAAAGAGCUUUUACUGAUUGGAAAUCUUAUGCUAUUGCAGUUCUUUAUAGUUGUAUGAAUUUAACCUUAGGAAGCGUUAGUGGUUUCUUACCUUCAAUAAUAUCUUCAAUGGGACAUGAAGGUCCAAUUGCGCAAUUAUACAGUGUACCACCUUACUUUGUUGCAUUUUUGGUGAUGACUUUGAUUUCAAUCGGUUCAUCUCGUUAUAAUACUCGUGCGAUUCCAAUCGCUGGAGUUUUUUUGGUUUCUUCAAUUGGUUGGAUGAUUUUACUCUUGGUUAAUGGGUAUGAUCACUUUAGAUAUUUUGCUACUUUUUUGAUCGUUAUUGGUGGGUAUGCUGCUAUUCCUUUGAUUAUUGGUUGGGUUAGUAAUAAUACUGGAUCUGAAAGUCAAAGAGCAAUAAGUCUUGGAAUGUUAAAUUCAAUUGGACAAUUACUUGCAAUACUAUCAUCCUUUUUAUUUUCAAAUUCGAAUUGGAAAUUAGGUUUCAAAGUUAACAUUUUCUUUAAUUUAUUAGCAAUGAUGAUCUCAAUCUUGAUGAGAUCUUAUUAUAUUUAUGAAAAUAAAAGGAGAGACCUUGUUUUUGAAAAUUUAGAUGGCAAACAUGAUCUUAGUCCUGGUAUGUUUCUUCUUCCAUAUGAACUUGACCAAUCAUCUUCCUCAACUUAA